GCGAAUAGCCAUGACUGGAAUAUUCAUUCUGUGUGUUUAUUUUGGAUUUUUACGUUAUUGUCUAGUGAUUCGCAUGGAAAAAGGACACAGACAUAUUAUAUGGAAGGAUUAGAUUGUGGGGACAGUAAACAUAUAGGUGGAGCCACUGUGUAUUCAAAUUAUCGUAAAAACUCCAAUAGUGUAUAUAGUCAUAAUAUAGAGUGUCAAGUGACGUUUAAAGCAGAAAAUGAUGAUUGGAGAUUAAUGUUACGAAUCAUAGAAUUAGAUAUACCUGAUAGAUCAACUAGCGGUAUAUGUAACGAUGCCCUGUAUGUUUACGAUGAAAGCUCAAUAUAUACUAGAGCCAUGGAAGAAGCUGGCGGUAACGCUGGUCUCUGUGGUAAUAUAUUACCCCCUACUCUCUACUCUACAGGUCAAUACUUAACAGUUCAUUUUAGAACUAAUUCCGAGGGUCCUUCAGGGCGGGGUUUUAAAUUUAUUAUAACUGCUUUUAGUGAAGAUUAUUUAAAAUAUGAAACUUGUGGUUCACAGUUUCAGUGUGAUAAUAAAUGGUGUGUGGAUCUCGAUCUUGUCUGCGAUAAUAUAGAUCAUUGUGGAGAUUAUUCAGAUGAAACAGGCGAUGGCCGUGCAAAAUGUCGUCAGCAAGAUAAUGGUUUGUUAAGUCGAUUCCUGUCUCUUGGCGUGACAGCUUCCAUUGCGAUCACCGUUGGUAGUAUUGUAAUAGUAAUAGCGUGUAUUGUAGCGUUGGUCUGUUGCUGUCGUAAGACCUUGUGUAAGAAAAGACCAGAUUCAGGUGUGACAACGACAGCCACAACUGUUGUAGCUAAUGGCAGUACGCCAGCCCCUAACAAUGUACAAGGACCAAGAACAGGCGGACCAUUUAGUAACCAUGGUUAUACACAUCAAGGAUAUUAUCCAAUGCAGCCAGUUUACCCCACACCACAUGGAUCAGUUUAUUCAGCGUAUGCUAAGGAACAAUACGUGCCACAAGGAAGUACAUACUCUUCCCAUCAGUCUCAUCAAUCCCAUCAACGAUCGUACACGCCCACCAGUAGUAAAUCGGGAAAAUCUAAUCGUUCAAAUAAUAGCACCAGCGUGACAUACAGCCAAGGCACAGAAAAAGUUUCACUUCCUGUUAACCUCUAGCAGACGGUUAUGGCAGCCAUGUUGGAAUUUUGGCUGUUUGUUGUUUUUAUUGAGUAAAAUGAAUAGAAAAACUGCUGUAAAUAGAAAAUAAGGAAUUGAAGCUGCUAGACGAAUAUAUGUUAAUGGAGAUAUAUUUUUGUUUCUUGUGACAGAGACAUUUUGGGAAGUGUAAAAUGUAAUUUUUCCCUCCCAGACUUGUGUGAAUUUAUUAGUAAGACUAAUAGAAGCUUUGUGCACCCAUUCUGUGAAUUCUGUGGAUAUACAUACAGAUAUAUAUGAGCUACCUUUGAAUAAUAAUGUAGAUAUGAUAUAGAGGAUUUAGAAACAACCAACAGAAACUGCCAAAUUUUCAAGCCUGGAAAUAAGCUUUUUAGACUAGUUUUUGCUGUGUUUCCAUGCACAUUUUUGCCAGAGAAAAAGUCGAUCUAAUGCAAAUGUAAUGUGACUGUUUCCAUGUAACCGAACGAAAACAUGCGCGGAAACGUAUACACGGAAAAUGGACCUUAGUUGUUGGUCCUUCCUGACAAAAUUUUUAUCUGACAUUCUAAUUUUUUUUUUUUUGCGGACAUGCGCUAAAGUAUUCUUUAACCCAGGGUUUUUGUUUUUAUUCAUAUUUACCAGUCUUGAAAGAGUUUCACGGGAAAAUUGACCAGUCGGAGAACUCACCUGUGAGUAAAGUUUAAAAUCUUCAAAUUUUACCUUAAAAUGCAAAAUAUAGAGUUUGAUUUAGAGUUUUGAUGUAAAAAUACUUCAAAAAAUAUAAGAAAAAUCGGGAUAAUGCUAAAAAUUGUCAAAUUCACUGAACCAAAUAUAUCUUGCUGAUCCGAGGUAAACAAAAAACAUCAAAAAUUGACUGGUUGGCAAAUUUUUGAAGUGAAAGACUCUGAUUAGGGCCUGUUUUCCAUGUAUGUGUUUUCACAGCAUUUGCGCACGUUUUCGCCGAUGAAAAAGCCGCUCUAAUGCAAAAGUAUUUGGACCAUUUCAAUGUAACCAGCGAAAACGUGUGUGAAAAUAUGUACAUGGAAAAACAGGCUAUAAGGCCACAAAAGAGACAAAUUUGUGCUAGACUGAAUCACAGGAGAUUUUGUCAAUGAUCAACAUUUUAUUUCCAGGCUUGUAUAUAAUUGUGAAAUAGAAAAUGGUGGUGGAUAAAGACUGUUAUUAUAUAUUUUUAAACCACAGAUUUGUGUUGAAGUGCUAUUUGCGUUAAGUAAACCUAAUAUGGAGGAAGUAUACCUUUACGUCCAGACAUAUAUUGUAUAGAUAUUGAUUUUAAUAAGGCAUCAUUAUUUUGUGCAUGUACAUGAGGCCUGUGCUUUACAAUUAGUACAAUUUUGCAUUUUUGUUUCUUUUCUUUUAAAUUUAAAGGUUGUUAAGUCUCUAUAGAAUUUAUACAUUCAUUUAUUUUUUCAAAAUAUGAUUUAAUGUUCAGUGAAUUAAAAUUUUGAGGUUACCUGUCUUUAAGAGACCUCCGGUUUCCUCCCACUGCUAAAGACCCCUCCGAGCAAGCGAAUUAUUGAAAUAAAAAUGAACCGUGUGUUGGUACCAAAAUGACGUUAACCCCAUUUCUCUCUCUCUCUUUAAGAGACCAUGAGCAACAUGGUUUUAAAGGACCACUGUUGGAUAGGUACUGAAAAAAUAACAUGUCAACUACAUGCUCAUAAAAUAAAAAUAAAACACUGACAGUUUGAAUUUAAUGACAGGUGGGUGGAGAAAUAUUGCUGCUCCCCCCGCAUUGACCACAUGAUCAAUGAGAAAAUAUAUACAUGUUAGUCACAAAUUGACCGGUGUUGUGUAGACGAGAAAUUAAAACCCAUUUCUCCCACAUGUAAUACAAAGGUUAAAAGGUAUCUUGGAGCAACAAGUAUGAAUAAUCCUCCAGGGCACACUGACUUAGAACUCCAACAAAAUGUAAUUAUUUGAUUUAUAAGCCUUCAUUAUUUCUCAACUGAACAUAUUUAAGUAUUUGUGUUAAUGCCCUAUAUGUCAAAUUUGUAGGCUGUUCAUAUAUAGAUCUAUAUCUUCAGCUGUUGGUUCAAUACCUAGAUCUGUAUUGACUUUCAAUAAUACGCUCCAUACUUAUCGUAUCUAGAGGUUUAGAUAUUUAAUCCCCAGACUACUGUAUUCAUUUAGUUGAGAGUAAAACAUUCUUUACCAAGCUUAGACAUAAAGCUGUUAAUAGUGUACUUUAAGUAAAGUAUGGCGCAACUUAUUUCAACCCUUAAAUGAUGACAAACACAGCCUACGUCGCGUGCACCUCGGACAAAAAUAUUCGCCUUUGAGGCAAUGUCUUUGUAAUUCUAUCUGCAGUGGUUGUUGUUUCUCACCUUUUUCAAUUCCGAUUCCCAUUCAUCCAUCUAAUUUAGAAGAGGAGGAAACCUUUGAUCACGAGCUUUGUUCUCUUUAAAAUCCUAAGUCUGAUAUGGUUUGAAGAGUUAAAAACGACCUUUAAAGACAAAUGUUCUUUCUUUGAGUUCUUGGGUAUUUUUUUUGUUCCUGAUUAUCGGACAGACCUUGGCUUUGACAUAAUGAAAUAUUUUACACUUCAAAGAUAUUAUUUGGUGGAGUCAAUUUAAAGAUGGGAUUUAGAUUUGGUUCAAAUAAAAAGAGAAGGAGUCUUGAAAUUUGUACAUAAUAUAAAAUAAAAUUCACCAUAUUUCCAGAAGAUUAAUAGAAUCUUAUUAAAGCAGUUAACAUGGGAACAUUUGGAAAAAGUCUAUAGCUUUUUUUAUUAUAAUCGUUACGGGCGACUAUACCAUAUAGAUUUAUUCUCCUUCACACUUUUGGAAGAUCAAGUUCGGAAUUAAUGGGAAAAGGUCAAAUAUAUUUUCAGUAGAUAUUGCUGAUGACCAUAUAGAGUUAUUCCCCUUCACACUUUUGGAAGAGGAAGAUGGGAAUUGGCUUCUAUCAUUUUGGGUGACCACCUUAUUGCAAUACAGUUAUUCUCGUUCACAAUUUUGAAAGACAAAGUUCUAAUAUCUCACUGAUACAUGUAUUAAACUUGAAAAUUCUAGUUUAUCUUUCCUUAACACCAAAUUUUUGAAGGGUAAAUUAUGGAUAAUAUUACACCCUUUCCGAUAAUAAGGGGCCUCGAAAAUAUGAACAUUUUGUAACUUUUCAACAUGGGUUGGGUUCUUUAUCUUAAAAAUAAAUUAAAUUUUAAUCUCCACUUUGAUAAUAUUGGUCGUUAUUAGAUUUUCCAAUCUCUUGGAUUCGAUUGUGACACUGAUGAAGCUCUCAAAAUAAGACUUAACUCAUGUGUAAUACAAUGUUAGUCGUCCUGUGAUUGUUAUUAGAUGAAUACAGAGCAUAAUAUGAUUUAAGUAUUACAUUUGUAGAUAUAUCAUUGAGUAUAUUAUUACAUUUAUAAAUAUGGUUCAUGGUUCUAUUAUUACAUGGUAUUAACAUGUAUAUUGCAUUUAUAAUUAUUAUAUCACGAUACCUUUAAAAAAAAUUAUAAUCACCAAAUUUUUAAUUGUUAGAGUUGUUAAUUAGAGGGUUUGGUUUUAAAUGAUUAAUUAUUAAGCUAGGGCUUUUCUAUAAUGCUAUUAGAUGGGUUUCAAUGUAACACAGAGAUCAUCUUGGUUGCAGGCUAUAAGAUGGGUUUCCAUAUAACACAGGGACCAUAUCAUGGUU